AGAAAUCCCCUGUGAACUGUAAAUAUGAACAAAAUUUACGUUUGAUAACGUUGGACACAGAACUAUUGUCAUGUGCGUCCCUUUAAAAUGCGUGCUGACGAGAUUGAAAUUUUACGUAGCUUUCUAAAGCAGUGUGUAACCUACUUCAGUGGAGAUAUUCGUGCGCCUCGCUUGUCCGUUGUGCAGUCGCGCGCUGUCCCUGCUUGCUGAAAGAGGAUGCAGAUAUUUUGCUGGAUAAUUUCUAUUCCAGAAUAGUUCAUAAUUCUGACUGUCUGCACAGGAGUAGCCUAAACACGCAACAGAUAGACGCAUGCCUAUGGACCACAGACAUUGUGUUGUAUGCGCUCUCGGUGUCUCAUCUGUUUUGUAGAUACAGUAGCUUUUGAAAUAAACAUCGAAAUGGCCACAGACGAGCUGUCGUCGAAGCUUAGUCGUCGGCUGCAGAUAGAAGAGGGUGCCGAGGCACCGGUGGCGGUUGAGGCUGGUCAGGGACAUGAGAAGGCGGCCACAGCAAACGCAGACUCGGAGUUGGGAGUAAAGCUCAUGCGGCGGGGGGAGUUGAACGACGGAGUGGGUGAACACCAUCAGCCGAGCAUGAAGGUCUUCAAUCCAUACACCGAGUUCAAGGAAUUCUCUAGGAAGCAAAUCAAAGAUAUGGAGAGAAUGUUUAAACAGUACGACACGGCUAGGGACAACUUCAUUGACCUGAUGGAGCUGAAGCUGAUGAUGGAGAAGCUGGGGGCACCUCAGACACACCUGGGCCUGAAGAACAUGAUCAAGGAGGUGGACGAGGACCUGGACAACAAGCUGAGCUUCAGAGAGUUCCUCUUGAUCUUCAGGAAGUCAGCAGCAGGGGAGCUAGCGGAGGACAGCGGUCUCAGUGUUCUGGCUCGGCUCUCAGAGAUCGACGUGUCCACUGAGGGAGUGAAGGGAGCCAAGACCUUCUUUGAAGCCAAAGUGGCGGCCGUCAACGCGGGCAGCCAAUUUGAGGCGGAGAUCCGGCAUGAGCAGGAGGAGAAGAAGAAGCAGGCAGAGGAGAAGAAGCAGAGGCAAGCUGCCUUCAAGAACAUCCAGUCGGCCUUCAAAUGACCUCUUCCUCAGCCCCCUUACUGAUCCACCUCCAUCUGUCCGUCCGUUUAUUAGACGUUCAUUCACCUUUUCCAAACGUACAUUGUCGAAGUUGCUCCAAACGUCAAAUUUCGAAGUGUUUUUGUUGCUCCUGCUGCUCUGUAUUUUUCUAUAUCUCCAAACAUCAAAUUUCGAAGUCAAAGGUUAAGUUUAGGCAUUCAUUCCAAAUGGUUAAGGUAAUGGUUGAGGUUUGAGAUGGGGUUAAAAUAAAAAGCCAGCCUGGGAUCGAACACACAACCUUCUGAUUCAGUCAUGGGAUUACGCCCAUCCACAACGGCCUAGCAAAACCCAAGCCUACUUUAUUGUAAAGGCGCUCACUGUUUCCCCUAGUGGCCAGUUCUGAUAGGCAUUUCCUGACGUCCUCAGGACAUGGAUAGACGUCCAAUUUGGACAUAAAUCUUGAACGACUUGGCUGCUGUGAUACAAUGGAUUGGAUACAUGCUGGAGAAAUGUGCCCUGUCAGAUAAUAGAUCUGUGAUGCAAGUCGUGGUCAAAAGUUUUGAGAAUGACACAAGUUUAUG